AUGGGAAAUCAUUAAUAAUCAGCCAAGCAAAGAAAUAGCAAUUUGAGCAUGGUGAGUUAUGGCAGGUCUGUUUCAACUGCACCAACCAACGAAUCGGGUAUGCUUAGAUUUACUACGGACGGGAGUAUGAGUUCUUCAAUGUUUGGGGGAGUAGAGACCUAUUUCAAUCGAUUACCAAAUCCAGUAGUCGAUGGAAUAUGCAAAUUUCUCACAAUUAAUGAUCUCACGAAUCUAUACUGCACCAGCAAAUUUGUUUAUGAAAGAUUUUACACAUCGCUUCCUUACUCCAUUAAAUGUGGGGAUCUAUUGUACAAGUUGUACGAGGAUCGAAGAGGCAUUGUCAAAUUUGCAACUGAGACCAAACAUGCUUCAUGGCCUCAAGUCUUAGAAGUUUUCAUGCAUAAUAAGUAUAAUUUUGUGUUUAUGAGCUUGAUUAGAAAGCAAAUGAAGAAUCUCCCCUAGAAUCUGAGAGAAUCACUUCAACAGGCUUAUCAACAACAUAUCAUCUAUCCACCCUUGUUAAUGGAUGAAGUGACGAAAGAAGGCUUGAAUUCUGAAUUUUAGAAACAAAUAAUGCAAAAACUUCAGAGUUGUUAAGAAUGCCAAUCUAUUACUGAAAUAUAAAUACUGAAUUAAACAAGAGGUUUUUUCAAAAAGUCACAAAAUUCAAGAUAAUAAAUGAUCACAAAGAUGUUAGAAAUCAGAACCUUAAGAGAAUUUUAAGUAGAUCAGAAAUUACCAUAAUUAUUCAACAUUAUAAUUAUAAUCGCGUCGACUAUCAAGUCCCUUUUGCAAAUCGUUGCAUUGACACUAGAAUGUUCAGCAGCCACCAAUGACUCAAUUGGAUAAUUAGAUUUUUAUCUAUAUAAUUUCUAGAUGUACUUGAUAUGGAUGCAAUAAAUAGACCAGCAUGUAACUCCCUAUCUGCAUCUUUUUGAUAUCAUUCUCAAAGAAUAAGUUCCCUCCUACCACUUCCCCCCCUUAACUAUCCAAUGGAUGAUGAUGAAAAUGUGGAAUCAAUGCAUAUAUUCAAAAUGCAAACAUCCCUUGAGAUCCAUAUUCUUACAAUAAUUGUAUGCAGUUAGAAUGAAUCCCACACUCAAAUAUGAGCAAUAUCUCUUAAAAGAUUACGUCAAAUCCUUGAUUGAUUUAUCAACUACGUAAUCUAAUGUGAGGAUGGCAGGUCAUUCAAAGUUUCAAUACAUAAAAGACUUAGAAAGCUUAUUCAUCAUAUUAAUAGAAUAAACUGGCAAUCUAUAUCAAGAACACAAUAUUAGUUUUUCCAAAGACAUCAAUGUUCUAGGUUACAUUUUUUAAAAACAUAUCUUGGAAAACAAACUCAUUCCUCAUCUUCUAGAAUAGAAAUACGCUAAAAUUCAAACCCACAUUGAACAAAUCAAACAAAGUGCAGAAUUUUCAAGAAGAAUCUAAAAAUAUGAUGAUGAUAACUAAUUCAUUACUCAACAAACAGAUUAUUCAUUUCAACUACUCAACAUCAAUAAAGUGUUUUACAAAAUUAAAUCAAUUAUCAACUGCGAACCUUUGCUAUCAUAGACAAUUAGAUUGACCAUCAACUAUUAAAAGAAUACUUAUGACAAACUAUCCACCUACAUUAAAGAUUAUCAUGCAGACCUCUAUGAAGAAAUCUCUAAAUUGGCUGAUUUAGACGUUGUUUCAACUGAAAGUGUCUAAAUUAGAGAUGCUAUGAUUUUGUAUAGAACCUAAUCAGAGACAUUUGAGGAACAUCUUAUCUCAUAUGAUGAACUCAUCGAUGUUGAAUCUCUUAAAUAAUUGAUUAAAUAAAAAUCAGCUAGCAAUUCUAAAAAGAAUUCAUUAUUGUUGAAGAAAACUAAAUCAGAACCACCCAAAUUACAUUAGCAACCAGAUUUAAACAACUUUUUACCAAUUACAAUAGUGACUGGAUUAAAUCUAGCCUAAAGCCUCACAGAGCAAUUCAUUAGCUAAUAAUGA